CGGCAACUAAAGCGUGUACAAACACUUCCGGGUGGACACACGUGUGUACUGUGCUGUUUGCAAGCUUUCGGAGGAGCGGAGUAGGGUUUGGUUUUCAGAAUGGAGGAGAAGGAGCACAGGAAGCACCAGAAGAAGCAGAGCGGCCCGAAGGCCGACAGGAAGAAGAAGAGGAAGGCGCCAGGGGUUGGCGAGGAGGAGGAUGGAAGGAGGAGGAACCCCAAAGCGUUCGGGGUGCAGUCUGCCGUGCGCAUGGCCAGAACUUUCCACAGAGCCCAGGAUCUGCAGACGAAGAAGCACCACGCGCCGCAGGUGGACCGCUCAGCUCUGGAGCCCCCCCCAGUGGUGAUCGUGGUGGUGGGGCCCCCCCGUGUGGGCAAGACCACCCUGAUCCAGUGCCUCAUCAGGAACUUCACUCGGCAGAAACUCAGUGACAUCUGUGGACCGGUCACAAUAGUGUCUGGAAAGAAGCGACGCCUCACCUUCAUCGAGUGUGGCAACGACAUCAACACCAUGAUCGACCUGGCCAAGGUGGCAGACCUGGUUCUGAUGCUGAUCGAUGCCAGUUUUGGGUUUGAGAUGGAGACGUUUGAGUUCCUGAAUAUCUGCCAGGUCCACGGGUUCCCCCGAAUCAUGGGGGUCCUGACCCACCUGGACUUCUUCAAGAACAACAAGCAGCUGCGCAAGACCAAGAAGAUCCUCAAACACCGCUUCUGGACUGAGGUCUAUCAGGGUGCAAAGCUGUUCUAUCUCUCUGGGAUGGUGCACUCUGAGUAUCAGAAGCAGGAGAUCCGCAAUCUGGGGCGCUUCAUCUCCGUCAUGAAGUUCAGACCGCUGGUGUGGCAAACCGCCCACCCCUACGUGCUGGCAGACCGCAUGGAGGACCUGACUGACCCAGAGACCCUCCGUAUCAACCCUUUGUGUGACCGCAAGGUGUGUCUGUACGGGUACCUGCGAGGGACAUACCUGAAGAACCGCAGCCAGGUGCACAUUCCAGGUGUGGGUGAUUUCUCCCUGGCUGACGUGAGUUUCCUGUCAGACCCGUGUUCUCUGCCUGACUCUCUGAAGAAGCGCGCUCUUAAUGAGAGGGAGAGGCUGCUCUACGCCCCUCUGUCCGGGGUGGGGGGGGUCGUGUACGACAAGGACGCCGUGUACAUCGACCUGGGGGGCAGCCACGUGGACAGGGAGCAGGAGGAGGCGCGCCCCACUGCGGAGCUGGUCCAGUCUCUUAUCGGGGCGCAAGCCACCAUCGAUGUCAAGAUGGCUGCCAGCAAAGUGUCGCUCUUCACAGGCUCGGAGCCUCUGAGACAGGGAGAGCUGCAGGAGGAGGAGGGGGCUGAGGAGAGUCCCAAAGAGGAGAGAGUGUGGGACCCCGAGACACAGAGAGAGAGAAGGAGAGCCGUCUUCACAGAGGAGGAGGAGGAGGGGAGCGAGGAGGAGGAGGGGAGCGAGGAGGAGGAGGAGGAGGAGGACAGUGAGGGAGAGGGGGAGGCAGGGGAGGAGAGUGAGAGUGAGGAAGAGGAGCUAGAGAAGCAGCCUGCCCGGAAGAGACUGAGAGUGGAGGGAAGGAGCGAUGGAGUGAAAGAGGGAGUCGGUAUAGAGGUGCCAGCCUUUGCAGACAGUGAGGAUGAACUGGAGAAGAGCGAGGGAGAGGAGGAGAGUGAGGUAGAAGGAGAGAGCGGUGAGGAGGAGGAGGACGACGGCAGUGAGGGAGAGGGGAGGAAGGCCAUGGAUUCAGGGAACUGCUCUGAGGAAGAGAGCGGGGGGUCAGAGGUAGACUCCCCUCUCCUCGAGGAGUCGGAGUCAAAGGUGAAGCCUCCGAAACACAGAGAGGCAGAGCUCGAGGAGGGGGAAGAAGAGCCAUGCUUCGAGACUGCAGGAGAGCUGAAGUGGAAGGAGGGUCUAGCUCAGAAAGCCUCCGAGGUGUUUCUACGGCAACAGCGGAGCACACCCAACCUGCGCAAACUGGUCUACGGCACUGUGACAGAGGAGUCGGAGGAGGAGUCGGAGGGUGGGGGGGAGCUGGGGGGGCUGUUCCACGUGAGCCGCCCCGAGAGCGAGAAGCGACGCCGGGCUGACGGGCUGGACUGCAGCCACUACCCCCCAGAUGCUGCACGGGACUGGGACCAGCAAGAGGUGCUGGACUCGAUCCGGGACUGCUUCGUGACGGGGAAGUGGGAGGAUGACAAGGACGCGACUAGACUGUUGCAGGAGGACGAGGAGCUGUAUGGAGACUUCGAGGAUCUGGAGACGGGAGAGCUGCACCAAGGGGAUUCUGGGAAGCAGGAGGACCAAGCUGAGGAGGAUGAGAGUGGAGAAGGGGAGGAUGAGGAUGAGGAUGGAGGGAAGGUGAAAGGCAAUGCAGAGGGCGAGAAGCAACAGCGUCUGGACAAGAAGCGUCGUCUGAAGGAGCGUUUCAACGCGGAGUAUGACGAGGGAGAUGCCACCUUCUUCGACGAUCUGAAGGGGGAGAUGCAGCGGCAGGCAGAGCUGAACCGUGCUGAGUUCUCUGCGGUGGAUGAUGAGACGCGGGUCCAGUACGAGGGGUUCCGACCCGGCAUGUACCUGCGCCUGGAGAUCCAUAACCUGCCCUGCGAGUUCAUCACCAACUUUGACCCAAACUACCCUGUCAUCCUGGGGGGGCUGGGAGCAAGCGAGGGCAACGUGGGGUACCUGCAGAUGCGUCUGAAGAAGCACCGCUGGCACCAGCGCAUCCUGAAGACCCGCGACCCGCUGAUCUUGUCCCUGGGCUGGCGUCGCUUCCAGACCCUCCCCCUCUACCACAUCGAGGACCACAACGGCAGGAACCGGCUGCUCAAAUACACCCCCCAGCACAUGCACUGCGGGGCCACUCUGUGGGGUCCCAUCACUCCACAGGGCACUGGGUUCCUGGCUGUGCAGUCUGUGUCCGGCACCAAGGCUGGGUUUCGGAUCGCUGCCACUGGCGUGGUUCUAGACCUGGAUAAGUCUGUCACUGUGGUGAAGAAGCUGAAGCUGAUUGGCUACCCGUACAAGAUCUACAAGAACACUGCCUUUAUCAAGGACAUGUUUAACUCGGUCCUGGAGGUCGCUAAGUUUGAGGGGGCUGCGCUGCGGACGGUGAGUGGGGUGCGGGGGCAGAUCAAGAAGGCAUUAAGAGCGCCCCCUGGAGCCUACCGAGCCACCUUCGAGGACCGUCUGCUCAUGAGCGAUAUCGUGUUCCUGCGCUCCUGGUUCCCAGUCUCUGUUCCUCAGCUCUAUAACCCCGUCACCUCCCUGCUGCUGCCGCUGGGGGAGAAGGAGAGCUGGACGGGGAUGAGGACGGUGGGGCAGCUGAAACACGAUCUGGGAGUGAAGGUCAAACCCAGCAAGGAUUCGCUGUACAAGCCUGUGGUCCGUAAGAAGCGACACUUCAACCCGCUGCACAUCCCCAAAGACCUGCAGAGGGCGCUGCCCUUCAAGAACAAACCCAAAAACGCAGAGAAGAAGGGCAAGGUGCCCCGGGACCUGCAGAGGCCUGCGGUCAUCAAGGAGCCCCACGAGAAGAAGAUCGCCGCCCUGCUGGCUGCUCUGAGCACGGUGCACAAUCACAAGCGGAAGAGUGCCCAGGCCAGGCAGCGCGAGCAGCACAAGGACUUCCUGCAGCAGCGGCAGAAACAGGAAAUGGACAAGAUGAAGAGGCAGAAGGAGGCGCGCAAGAAGAUGUUCCGCAUGAUUGGACAGCGAGAGAAGAAACAGCAGAAAUCCAGCCUGAAGGGGGCAGCGCAGCACGACUGAGACACAGCCAGGACAGAACAGUACCAGAACAUAGACAGAACCAGCCUAGGAUACUGACUGACACACAGGCUACAUGACUCUGUAGAUUCCCUGUUCUAAACACAGGCUACAGGACUGUAGAAUCCCUUUUCUAAACUCUGGAGUGGCGAUGAUAAUGAAAGAUGAUUUUUUUACCUAGUGAGCACCCGACUGCGAUAAACUAGAGUGAGAGAGAGAGAAUUCCUCACUAGAAGGUUUUGGAAUAUAUGGUUUCAAGUGCAGAGAAGUCUAUCAACACACACUGGGAGGCGUGUGUCGAUGAGAUGUUUUCCAGGUUGUUUUCAGAGCCAUGUUGAGUGAAUCUCUGUCCCUUUCACUCCUGUUGAAGAAUGACCAAGCCACUGACCAGCAGUCCUGAGUGUGGAAAUGUACACAGGAGACCUGACAGAGAAUUCAAUUCAAAUAUCCUGUUUUGUGUUUACUUCGUUUAGAAUUAACUGAAUUGUAAUGUAAAAUAAAGUGGGGUUUUUAUCAGUUA